AUGAAUCCAAAGAGCACGUUAACGAUUUAUUAUUAUGUUUUCAUAUAAAAAAAUUCCAGUUAAGUAUGCUAAGUAUUGAUUUCGACCUCACUGAGCAAUAUGCUCGCUUUCCAAAAGUCAAGGUUGAAGAUGUUCAGAAAAUAGUUGCAUGGGUGCACGAUCAACCACAUAUGCCAAACUUGAGUGAAGCUGAAGUUUUACUUUUCUAUUUUGCUUGCAAAUGCAGUACAGAGGUCACGAAGCAAGUGAUAGAUAAAAAUUUGACAUGUCACACGCACAUCGAAGAACUCUUCAGCAAUUUAAACGUUCAAAGUCAAGAAAUUCAGCGUAUUAUAAAUGUUGCUGCGAUCGUCCCGCUAUCAACGUUAACACCACAGGGAUAUCGUGUAUUUCUCGUCAAAUUGCUUGAUUUCGAUCCUUCUAAUUAUGAUUUUGCAGAGCGCGUAAAGCUAGAUCUACUGUUCUUAGAUAUUUUCAUUCGAAAAGAUGGUUUACAGAAAGGCUAUCUCGUGGUAUUUGAUCAGGCUGGCUCCACGUUGCGGCAUUUAAGUCGGAUUAAUGUUACGGUGUUGAAGAAAGCUUUUUAUUACUUCCAGGAAGCGUUACCUAUACAACUGAAAGGCGUUCAUUUCAUUAACGUUGUUCCAUUUUUAGACAAAAUUUUAGCCCUGUGUACCCCGUUUAUGAAAAAGGAACUAUUUGACAUUUUGCAUUUUCAUAACAAAUUAGAAGACCUUUUCCAAUAUGUUCCACUGAAUCUAUUACCUAAAGAUUAUGGGGGAUCAGAAGCUGGGGUAAAACAAUUGUAUGAAAGAUCGUGUGGUAUGAUAAUCAGCAAACAUCAAGAAAUCAUAGAACAUGAAAAAUUGUACCGCAUUGAUGAGAAAUUACGCCCGGGUAAACCCAAAAAUGCUGCAGAUCUAUUUGGUAUUCAAGGUAAUUUCAAGAAAUUGGAUAUCGAUUAAAAUAAACGUUGAGGAGACCGAAGAAGCGAGAUAAGAGGAAGUGUUUUUAUAUAUCAAACCUAAGAAUGAAAUAAAUUUUGUGUAAGAAAUAUCAUCCCUAACAGAGAUUUAAAAUUGUAUAAAAUGCUUAACAUCCUCCAAAUCCUUCCUAAAAGUUCAGUGAAACUGUAUACCUUCAAACGAAAAUUUGAACAAAACGAAAAUUCGAAUAAAUAAACACAAUGAUAACAUAAUGAUUACUUACUUAGUAACGUUACCAUAGUCGAUUUAGCUUUCUUUUGGAAGAUGUGUUAUACAGACUCAAUCUCUGUCAUGAUUACUCUAAACGUAGAUUGCAAACACUACAGCUUAUUAAAUAUAUUAGAGUGU